GUAAUUCUCAUGUGUUUGCUUUCAUUCAUCACAAAACAUCCUUCUAUUGCUACCAUCAAUAACCCUUCUGCUUAGUAGUAUAGGUACCAAAUCAGAUCUGCAACAUCAAUUAUUAUUGAAAUCCAACAACCAUGAAGGAGGUUCUUGUGGUUUUUGCUUUCAUGGCUCUAGUAUCGAGCGCUGCCUGCACACAGAUAGGCGGUUGCACCUGUGGUCCACAACAAAGCCAUGAACAACAACAUCAUCCACAAAAACAGCAACAUCAACCACCACCACCACAACAACAACAACAACAACAACAGCAUCACCAACAACCACAGCACCAACAACAAAAAGUUCACAUGCAGCAGAAACAACAUCACCAACAACAAGAUGUUCAUGUUCAUCAGCAACAAGAAGUCCAUGUGAAACAACAACCACAGCACCAACAACAACAUCAAUGUGAAGGCCAGCAACAGCAUCACCAACAAUCACAAGGCCAUGGGCAACAACAAGGACAGAGCCAUGAGAAACAACAUCAACAACAAUUCCAGGGUCAUGAGAAGCCACAACAACCACACCAGCAACAAUGUCAGGGUUAUGUGCACCAACAGCCACCGCAACAUCAACAAUGUCAACAGGGCCAGGAGCAACUACAACAGCAUCAAUGUCAUUGCCAAGAGCAGCCAUUGCAACAACCAAAGCACUGCCAAAAAGGGUGUGAGCAGCAACAAACUACAAGGUGCAGUUCUAGCUACUGUAGUGGUAGCAUAAAUCUAAAAAAUUGCCAUGAAUUCCUCAGGCAACAGUGCAACCCUUUGGUAAUGCCUUUUCUCCAAUCACAUUUGGUACAACCAAGCAACUGCCAAGUGUUACAACAGCAAUGUUGUCACGAGCUUAGGCAGAUCGAGCCACAAUACCUUCACCAAGCGAUCUAUAGCAUGACUCAAUCCAUAAUCCAACAACAACAACAACAACCAUGUGAGUUUUGUGGAGCUCAACUAGCUACUCAAAGUGAGGUGGCGAUAUUGACGGCAGCGCAGUACCUACCAUCAAUGUGUGGCUUGUACCACUCAUGCUACCAAAACAAUCCAUGUAGCAGUAAUGAUGCUUGUGGUGUUCACAGUUAAAUUAUUGUGGCUAGCUAGCCGUUAUAGUCUUAUAACGGUGUAAAGCAAUAAAAUGCCAUACAUCAUGGUGUUUGGACAACGAUAUCUAAAUAAGAAUACUAUCUAUAAUGUGGCA